AUGGCUUUAGUGGCUCAUUAUGACUUAGAGUUACAUCAAAUGGAUGUGAAAACAGCCUUUCUAAAUGGAAAUUUAGAGGAAGAGGUUUAUAUGGAUCAACUGGAGAGCAAAGAACCACUCGAUCAUCAUUUUCUCCACAUUCAGAAAUUUGAUCUAUACCUUCAAAGAGAAAAUCAGAUGGCAUCAAGCACAGAGGCUUUGAAAACCCGUGAAACUGAAAAAGCUAUAAAUUUGAUACACAAGCAAAAUCAAGCUCGAGCUAAGAUUUUUGACAAGUUACAAGAGAGAAAGGUACUAACUGUUGGUCGUGUUUAUUAA